AUGGCCCAAUGGAUAAGGCGCUGGUCUACGGAACCAGAGAUUCUGGGUUCGAUCCCCAGUGGACUUACAAACAUAAUAUGGGGUGAGGCUGAUGAUAGUGAUGACCAUAUCGUGCCUUAUCCAGAAGCAAGUGAAGAUUAUUGCAAGAAGAGGGAAUUAAGUGAAGAAGCUGGUACCAUUAAAUCUAAUGUGCAGAAGGCACCUGGGACUAAAGUUGAUAUUGAUGGGAGAAAGGUGGAGAGCAGUUCAAACUUUGACAGUAGUGAAGGAACUUCUGCCUCUGUACUUGACAUGGACCGAUGGCCUAACUUGUCGUUAUCUAAUGAUGCCAAAACUGAUCAGGAUUCCUUGGACACUUCAAUGUCUAACAAUUUAACUGACAUUACCAAACUUGAUUCUUCAAUGGCUCAACUUGAUAAGGACACUGAGAUUUUUCAAAAUCCCCAUGAAGAUAAAGAACAAGGUGAUUUUGUUGAUUAUGGCUGGGCUAGCAUUGGAAGCUUUGAUGAUCUUGAUCGGAUUUUUAGCAAUGAUGACCCAAUAUUUGGCAAUGUAAAUCUUGGUAAUGCUGAUGAGCUAUGGUCUUCUUCUAAAGAUACAACUAACAGUCCAGCAAAGCCCUUUCCAAUAUCUGUGGCUUCAAGACAAGAUUAUGCACAAGAAGAUGACGAGCUGUUUACCCCUGGCUAUAGCAAAAUGAAUGAUCCUGCAUCUUAUUGUCUGCAGGAUACACAGGCAAGCCUUGAUCAUGCAGAAUAUGAUGGAGGCAAAACUAAGCCUAUACUUAAGGAGCAGGCAGAUUUGGCCAUUGUGGGAAACAACACAGCAAGUAACUCUCAGCUGACAGCAGAAAAUGAUGCACUGCCAAAUGAAUUAGCAAACAAGGCUUACAGGCAAAAGAAACUCUUGAAAGGUCGAAAAAAGCUGGAAGAAAGAGGUGAACUGAAAUCCUACCAAGAUUUUUAUGGAAACUGGACUUCAUCUGGAAUCCAAGCCAGUCAACUUACGAAUCAGUCUGCACCCCAAAUUAUGCAAUCUUCUCCCCCUUCAAUUCUCAGCCAACACAAGCAGCUACAGGGACCUGAGCAGUUGCAGUACCAGCAGAUAUCCAAUCCAUUUGUUCCCCCUUCUGCAUACGAGAGUCUUACAAAUCCAUACUCCAUGCCUGUGUUGUCUCACAUUCAGUCUGGUGAAUUUAAGCAUCAGCCUUUAGCUUCUGGUUAUGAAGUUUCUUCAGUUUCUUCAGGCAAUGCAAAUCCUAUAAACAAGCCAGCUGACUGUCCGGUGAAACCCCAGAGAAUGACACCUCAAGAAAAAAUUGAAAAAUUAAGGAGGCGGCAACAAAUUCAGGCAAUGCUUGCCAUUCAGAAACAGCAGCAGCAGCUUGUUCAUCAAAAGUGUUCCCAAGAAAAUCAAGUUCCGCUUGUUGAAGGAGCUGACCUAGAAGUAGAUGAUCUAAGUACUCUUGCUUCAUUCGACCCAAACUCGCCCAUCGAGCAAGAUGAUUCCAAUACAAUCUCUCUGGCAGUUAAUGGCUAUUCAACGAAGGACGCAAUACUCUACAGGCUUCAAGAUAUUAUUUCAAAGUUGGAUGCCAGAAUUAGACUCUGUAUUCGGGAUAGCUUGUUCCGGUUGUCUCAAAGUGCAAUGCACCGGCAUUAUGCUAGUGAUACUAGCAGUACAAACAAUACUAACAGGGAUGAACAAGUUGCUCUGAAAGAGGAAACCAGUAGUCAUAGCAGGAUGGUUAAGAUGCCUGAAGUGGAAACAGAGACCAACCCCAUAGAUCGGACUGUAGUGCAUUUGCUGUUUCACGGACCUAUGGAUUUCUCUGGGAAGCAUCGUGAUACACCUGAAUCACCUGUUUCAACUAAGCUCUCGUGUGAGCCCAAGACAGCAGGCAUUACAAAACUGUCAAUGGGAAGCUUGCCCGAGACUCCAAAAAGUAAACCGAACUUCUCUCAACAGAGUUCUAAACUUUCUAGCAUCUUGACCCAUGCCCAGCCUGUGAGUCAGUGUAAAAGCAAUCCUUGCUUAGAUGCUUCAGAAGAUGCAUCAAACAAUGGGCCUGCAGAUGAAGGAGCUAGAGAG